AUGCCUAUACUAGUAAGGAGGCCACCACAGACUUUACACCUGAACUUGUUCCAAACAACACUAUGGAGGCUGAAACUACUCCAACCACCUGCACUGAAAGAAAAAACAUUAUAUACUGAAGGUGUAAAAUGCUCACCAGAGUUGAAAGAAGCUCCCAUCACCUCUAGUAGAAGAAGAUUGAUAAUUUGUUAUAAGUGGCUUGAUAAUUCUCCAUUUCUGGGAUCAUUUGGAACUGUGAACCCAAAUAGCAAUAACUAUGUAGUCACUUCUACAACUCAGCCUGUAAGAGACCAUGCUACCUCUUCCUCCUCUGCUGCUCCUCUUUUUGACCCUCCUUACAUUGUUGGGAUCCCAGUCUCAGCUUCUACACACCUUAAUGGAUCCCUUACGUAUCCUCAUAGUGAUAGACCAACUUUUGAUCAUACCCUUCCUCCAAAGUAA